AUAUCCAGCAAUUAAACAAAACCGGCCGCCCCGUCUCUUAACCAAACGCAGGAAAAGACCAACCGCUCAUUUCGUAUCCUCUCUUAUCCUCUCACUUUCCCCACAGCCAAAUCAGUAGCUUCUCCACGGCCGGGAGACAUCUCGACGGCGAACGCCGCGACCUCGAUUUGCUACCAUGUCCGCGCAGGAGGGUCCUGGACAUCCCCGCAAGCUGGCUCAUCCGGCUGGUUGUCUUCCUCGGCGAGCGCGUCAUCUCCGUGGUCCUCCGCGCGCGGCGCUCGUCAGCAAACUGCUCACCAUCCCUGCGGCCAUGGCGUCCCUCGCCCAGCGCGGCGCUCGUAGGCCAGCUGCGCGCCGUCCCUAAGGCCGCAGCUUUCGUCGCCCGGCGAGGCGCUCGUGGGCGAGCUGCGGGCCCUCCCUCCUCGGCGGUCACCUUCGUGGCCAUGUUUGCCGCGUUCGUCGCCUCCCUGAGCUUCGUCCCACACGUACAAUAGCACGGCUGGCAAGGCUUGCUGUGGUACAAGGUACGUCAUCCAAUUACCCGAGUAGAUGGCUGCUGUUCUUCUAAUUUCUCAACCAAAUGCUACUUCUGUCCGUGUGAGGUAGGUGAGAAUGAGAUGCAAGUAUCUAUGUUUUUGGAUAAGAACCGUGCUUUUGGUCUGACUUGUUUAAGUUGUGCAUUUGAGCUUCCCGUCAAUCAACUAAUAUACUUACACGUCUUAUAAACUCACAAGUAUGUGAUUAAACUAGGAGACGCCGUUACCCUGCUAAUGGUACAAAAUCCUGACUUAAUUAUCAAUUGGGUCUCAUAUCACCAAUGACAACUAUGAGAUUGCUGACAUAGCAAAAUUCUGAAAUCUAUGCUUUUUUUAAAAGCAAAUGCAUCGCUCUCACUUAAUUAAGUUGUGCAUUCGAUCGAUAUGCACAGACUACAAGUUUUUAGUAAAGUAGCAAAAAAAGGAAAACAUGAGCAUCUCUAACAACGACGGCAGAUUAAGUUGGCUUCUGUUGUUGGAAGAAGACUUGAUUUUGGCCUGUCAGUGUGCCAACGGAUGGCUGCAGUGAUGCAUUUGAGGCUGGGCGCCCUAUCAUCAUACCAAUGGGUGAUUGCAGUGAGGCAUUUGAGGUUGGGUGUCCUGUCAUCGUGCCAAUGGGUGGUUGUACUAAGACAUUGGGGGCUGGGUGUCCAAGUCAUCAUACCAACGGAUGACUGCAUUGAGGCUGGGUGUCCUAUCAUCGUGCCAAUGGAUGGCUGCACUGAGGCAUUCGGAGCUGGGUGUCCCCUCAUCGUACGAGCAGAUGGCAAUAGUAAGGCAUCUGGAGGUGAGUUGCAUUGUUCUGAAUAGGUAUACAUGUGAUUUGUCGGAAUUCCCAAAUGACCCUGUGUGUAGUAGUGGUAAAGGUCAGCGUACAUAAACCUUUAAAAUGAUAAGACUAAAAUAUGAGUGUAGGUAGCUUAUACUAUUAAGCUAUUGUAAUGUUGCAAUUCAGCCGACAAUCUUUUUUUUUUGAGAAAACGCAUGGGAGCGUGCGUUUCAUUGCAUUGUAAAGAGGGAGAGUUUGGUUACAUUCCUCCUAGGAGGCUGAUUACAGAGACCGGACUAAUGGACAUCCCAAGUCUGGGGGGGUAAUGGCUUUGAGCCCUAGCGCGCCCGCAUUUGCCCAAAGGGCAGCUUCUUCCUUGAUCUUCGCUACGAGGGUGUUCACAGAUGGGCGCGCUCCGUUGAAGAUGCAGUCAUUGCGGUGUUUCCAUAUCAUCCAUGGGACGAGGAGGGUCACGGUACCGAGGCCUUUGCACAUGGGCGCAGGGGUGGAGUGUCGCGCCGAAUGCCACCAGUCUAGAAGCGAAGGCUCGUCGCCGGGCAGGGGGCACGGGAUCCGUAGCCAGCUUAGCGUCUCGUGCCAGGUUUGCCGGGCCAAGGGGCAUGCGAGGAUGAGAUGGUGCAUGGUUUCAGGCGCCUGGUCGCAUAGGGGGCACCGUGCGGGGUGUUGCAGCCCACGGCGAGCGAGCCUGUCGGCGGUCCAACAUCUGUCGAGGUGGGCGAGCCAGUGGAAGAAGCGGACGCGCGGCGGUGCCUAGUGUUUCCAGGUGAGUUUCCAGGCGGCGCAGGUCGUGGAGCCGGCGAAAGUGGCCAUGUAGGCCGACUUGGCUGAGUAGACGCCGUUCGCGCUUCAUCUCUAGAUGAGGCGAUUGGGCUCGGCAGAGAGGGUCGUGCUCGCGAUCCUGUGCCAAAGCUGGAGGUAUUGCCCGAUCUCGUGGAUGCCAACCGUGCCCUGGAUAUCUCGCGCCCAACGAUUGUCCGCCAACCCAUCCGCAACAGUCCGGAGUUUCCGACGGCGUUUGGGGAUGCACGCGUAUAGGAGUGGGGCGAUCUCGCAGACGGACCGCCCGCCGAUCCAUCGGUCCUCCCAGAAGAGGGCGUCUGUGCCGCUUUCGAGCUGCAUGGUAGUGGAGGCGAAGAAGAACGCGCGCUUCUCGGCAUCAAAUUGGAGGUCGAGGCCUGCCCAUGCCUUGGUAGUGUCCGUGCGGCUGAACCAUAGCCACCGCGUGCGCAGCGCGAGGCUGGUGCGCGAGAGGUCGCGGACGCCAAGGCCACCAAGAGGGAUCGGGCGGGCAACUCGCUGCCAGUUGACGUGGCAGUGCCCGCCGUUUGCCUCCGUGUGCCCGGCCCAGAGGAAUCCACGUUGGAUCUUCUCGAGCGCCUUGAUGGUCUUCUUGGGGGGGGGCAGAGCCAGCAGCUGGUGAAUGGGGAUCGCGCUGAGGAUGGCUUUCACAAACGCGAGGCGCCCAGCCUUGUUCAUGAGGUGUGCCUUCCAGCAUGGGAGCAUGCCGGCUGUUUUGUCGACGACAGGCUGAAGCUGGGCUGCGGAUGGUCGGCGUAGCGUGAGGGGGAUGCCCAGGUAGGUGAUGGGCAGCUCGACGAUGGGGCAGCCGAGCGAAUCGACCACAGGCGCAGCCUCGUCCACGCCGGCGCGGAUCAGCGUGGCCGUGCUCUUGGCGAAGUUGACCCGUAGUCCUGAGGCGCGCCCAAAAAGUCGCAGGAUGCUCUUGACGGCAGUGACAUCGCUUAGGGUGGGGUGGCAGAAGAGGAUCAUGUCAUCCGCGUAGAGGGAGACGGAUGGCAUCGGUCGCCGAGGGUGAAGGCGCUGUAGGAUACCCAGCUCGGUUGCGCGGUGGAGAAGGCGUCCAAGCGUGUCGACGGCGAGUACGAAGAGCUGGGGCGAAAGGGGGUCGCCCUGGCGGAACCCACAUCGGUGCCAGAUAGCAGGGCCUGGCUCCCCGUUAAUAAGCACUCUGGUGCUUGCCGAAGAGAAGAGGAUGGCAAGCCAGUCGAGGAACCUAGAGCCGAAGCCGUAUCGACGAAGGGUAUCGAACAGGAAUGGCCAUCUGAACGAGUCGAAGGCGCGCGCCAGGUCUAGCUUCAGGAGCACGCGUGGGGCGCCGAGCUGGUGCAGCAGACGAGCCGACUGCCGGACGAGGGUGAAAUUGUCGUGCAGACUGCGUCCGGGGAUGAAGGCGUUCCGGCUUGUGCUGACAAGAGCGUUGAGCCUGGGCGCGAGGCGCAACGACAGGACUUUGGCGAAAAUCUUGGCGACCAAGUGAAUUAGGCUAAUGGGCCUGAAGUUGCCGAGGGCGUGGGCGUCGGCGCGCUUGGGCAGCAAGGUGAGAAGCGCCUGGUUGAGGCAGCUGAAGCCGCGGCCUUGCAGCGCGUGGAGCUGACAGAAGACGUCGACGAAGUCUUGCCGAACGGUGGGCCAGCAUGCGCGUAAGAAUUCAGCUGUGAAGCCGUCGGGGCCUGGGGCUUUGCGCGCGGGGAGCCCUUUGACCGCCUGCCAGAUCUCCUCGGCGUCGAACGGGGCAUCCAGGUCCUCCAGAUUGGCGGGGGUGAUGAGGUCCGUGAGGUCGAGCGCGCAGUGCCGGGGCGCCUCCGUGCCCAAAAGCGCGUCGAAGUGGGCGUAGGCAGCCGCAACCAUCUCCGUGGGGAGGCUAUGGAUCCUGUUCUUUUGGCGCCUAUACGUGCAUUGCCGAUGGAAGACCGAAGUGUUGGCAUCACCGUCCUUGAGAGUGGCGAGGCGGGCACGUUGCCGGGCAAUGGUGCGCUCGAGGGAGGCGAGGCCAAGAUAUGACGCCUUGAUUUGCCGGCGCAGCCAAUCCUCGUGUGGGGAUAGGGCGCGGUGGUCCUGUGCUGCAUCAAGCCGGAGGAGGAGCUCCCUGGAGAUCGCCAGCUUGAGCCGUAUGUUGCCAACCGUCUUCGAACUCCAGCCUAUGAGCAUGCGCGCCGUGGCCUUCAUGCGAAGCAUGAGCCGCCUGAAUGGGUCCGGGUCAUGGACGGAGUGCCAGGCAGCUGUGACGAUGUCCUGGAAGCCAUCCAACCGGAUCUAGAAUUCCUCAAAGUGGAAUCGCCGGCGGGUGGGUGGCAUCGGGGCGUAGUCGAGAAGCAAGGGACUGUGAUCCGACACGACGGAGGCGAGGCAGCGAAGAUGGCACUCCCCAUGGGGCUCUUCCCAGUCAGCCGUGCAAAGGACACGGUCUAGGUGAACGAGGGUCGGGGGCGACUGCUCGUUGGACCACAUGUAUCAGCGUCCGUUGAGGUAGAUCUCCUUGAGCGCGAGGUCGUCGAGGAUGCGCCAGAAGCGACCCAUCAUGCGGCGGUUCAGGUGGCUAGUGUUCUUGUCUUCAUCUCGGAGUAUGAGAUUGAAGUCGCCACACGCCAUCCAUGGUCCAGGACAGUCUACGCGAAUGUCGCGCAACUCUUGCAGGAAUGCUAUUUUGUCGGCGUCCAGUUGGGGUCCGUAGACCAUGGUGAGCCACCAGGGCGUGUGAGCGCUCGAAGGAUGAGAAACCUUGGCUGUAAUGGCAUUUGCCGUGAAAAGAGGAUCGGUGAUGGACACCUCACGGCUCUUCCACGCAAGCAUGAUACCGUCGCGAGUGCCAAGCGCGGGAAGGUAUACGUAGUCGUCGAAUUCCGAGCCAAGGGUCUCAAGGGCAGUCGACGAGCAAAUCAAAGUCAUCUUCGUUUCCUGGAGGCAGACAAUAGAGACAUUUGCGGUGACAACGAGCGAACGGACGGCGGUGCGGCGAGCGCGCGCGUUGAGGCCGCGCACGUUCCAAAUGAGCAUCUUGGGGUUGUGAUCCAUUGAGGAGGUCGACGACGUGGCGCGCGGCGCGGCUAUGCCUCGAUGGGGCUGCCCGCGACCAUCAUGGUGAUUGGCGCGAUGGUGGGAUCCGCGGGGAGCUCGCGAUCAGCUAGAGCGGCGAUGGCCGACAGGACGGACAGGGAAAUGGUCGCCGCGAAGAGACCCUCAUACGCCUGCAUCUCCGCUGCGGUGAUCCUCUGAUCAAUUCCGACAAUGCCGAGGGUGCGCAGAAUGUGGAUUUGGGCGCGCCUCUCAGCUAUCGGCGGCGCGGUCGUCUUGCGGGCGGUGGACGUGACCGAUCUCCCGCGCCUUGAGGUGAAGUUGGGCGGGGUCCGUCGCUGGCGCCGGCCAGGGAUUGGAAGGGCUGCGUCAAUCUACCUGGUUGCGGCGGCGAGGAAGUCACCCAGGGUCCAGGCCGUAGGCGCCGUGACGCGCGGUCGGGAAUGGCGCAUGGUGAUCAGGGGGGUUGCAAAUCGCGCAGGAGGGCAAGGUGAGCGGGCGGAUCUUGUCUCGUCGCUCGGGAUCCCAUGUUGGGCCUCAUGCUGGGCUUCAGGCUGGGCGUGGCGAUGGGCCUCGGGGCCUUGCUGGGCUGGAGCGGCGUCCAAGGUGGAUGCCGUGCGCUUUGGGAGGUUCCUGGAUGGCCUCGGCUGGCCUCGUGGGAUUGGCCGUUGGGUGUGUCGUGGUGGGCUCCAUCUCCUGCGGUGUCUCCGUGGACCGGUCCGCGAUGGGCGCGGCCUCAGCAGCCAAUGGCAGCGAGGGAGCAGCAAAGCGUCCCAACAGCGGGUCCGGCGUGACCUCCAAAGGCUGGGAGUCGGGGACCUCGCCUGCCAGGGAUUGGCUGGCUGGGUUGCAAUCCUGAUCCCCAUGCGUGUCAGGGUGAUCUAUGCCUGGCAUGACUGUGUCGUGGGUGGGCCCUUGGGGGCAGGCGGGGAUGUCGUGUUGUGCUGGCGAGGGGUGGGUGCCAGCGCUCUCAGACUGGUCGCGAAGGGUGCCAGCCAAAGGGCGGGUGGCGACCGUUGCCAGGUCACGCGGGCCCUCCGCACUUGGGCCACGAGUGGCAGGGCGAGGGGGCAAAGCAGCCGCAGGGGGGGCAGCUUUUGCACGUCGGGCCUCCUCUGCCAUCCUUCUUUUCUUUCCACCACACUUUCCCCAUUUGGCAAAGCCGCGGGAACUGUGGGGGCCACCAGCGGCGGGCCAAGGGUCCAUCGUGCGGCCGGUGGUUUGCCUCGUCGGCGGCGGCGCCGCUGCAACCGUACGGGUACGGGAGCCGGGCCAGCCAGCAUCGACGACAAUGCCAUCGGCGCGGCCACGGAGGUUGGACAAGCGCCAGCCUACGGUGUCGACGGCCAUGCCAUCCGCGCGGCCGUCAGGGGCGUCGGAGGUGCGGCGGCGCUUGCGCCCGCGUCGACGGCCUCGGCCGCCCUCAGUGCGGCGAUCGGCGCCUCUGCCGCCAGCGCCUGGUGCACCGCCCCCCGGGCCUCGAUCUCCGUUGGCGGCCGGAGCAGGCUGCCCGGCCGCGACAGCGACCGUGAUAGACACCGGGUACUGGAGGGUGCGGAUGGUCGGCGGUGAGGGGCGGAUGCGAGCUGGGAUGGAUUCCAUGAUCUCGAGGAUGGCCGCCCGGCGGAUGCUAGCUGGGUCGCGGGUGCGCGCGGUCACCCGGAAGGUGGCGAGGUCAGCGUGGGAGCGCGUGCUCGGGUGGAGCCGCUCUACCCAGUAGCUGCCGCCCAGAAGGUGCUCGGCCGUGGACAGGUGCCAGGCCUGUGCCGGGAUGCCGCGAAGCUCCAGCUGCAUGGAGUGCUCGAGCGAACCAACAUCGGCGCGGGCGAGCUUGCUCCAGGGGCGCAGCGCGAGGGAGAACCCGGGUCCGCUGAUGAAGUGGUCGCCGGCAAGGCGGUCCAUGAGCUCGCGGGUGGUUAAGAUAAGGAGGAAAUCCUCCGGGUGGUAGGCGUGGACGGUGAAGUCUCCGGGGUGGAGGUCGAGGGAGGAGUACAGGACGUCCUCAACGUCACGGGCAGCCACGGCCGGCCUAUCACCGGUGAUGGACACCACCAUGCCCCGACGCAGCACCAACUCUGCCUCUUCCAUCUCAACAGAGCGUGAGAGAAUGACGCGUGCAGGGGCCUGGUCUGCAGGCAGGGGGGUCGGAGCCGGUGGUGACGGAGUGCGGUGGCGCGGCGCCGCCUGGGCUGCAACGACCGGGGUGGCCGCGGCAGCAGGGGGCGCGCAGCACGCCGCGGCAGUACUAGCAGUCACGCGAGCUGUGUCCAGGGUAGAGACAACGGCGGCACCGGACGUCGUUGGUGCACUCCCGCACGGGGUGGCCGGGCUCGAGGCAGCGAAAGCACAGCCCGACGGACUCCUCUGGGGACAGGCUGCAACGUCGCUGCGGGCGGGCGGGGGGGGGGGUGCAGAAGCCGAGCGCCGCGCACCACGGCGGCGGUUCCUGUGGCGGGGGGUCUGGAAGCCAUCGGCGUCGAUUUCCACGCCGCCGUUGACCCGGUGGACCUCGCUGCGGGGACCGAGGCGAGUGGCUGCCGGGGCGCGUGCGUUGGGUGCGGCGGGGCCGCGCAUCGCCGGAGGUGGGGUGGCCGCCGGGGCCGAGCGCGGUGGGGUCCUGGCGACCUCGCUGUAGGACCGCGUCGAAGACCCGGCGUCGGACUCCAGCCAGCGCUGCGAACCGGCGGAGCUGAGGUCAAGGUCGCCGGAGCUGCCGCGGGGGGGGGCCAGGGGGGGGGGGGGGGGGGGGCUGGGGAGGAGGGCUACCGGCGGGGAUUCGUCGGCGGCAAGGUUUGCGGGGGCUGGGCUAGGAGCGCGUGGGAGCGGAGCGCCUCAUCUCCUCCAAAAAAAUGACCUUGUCCAGCCGACAAUCUUUGGUCUUGCCCAUACAUCGCCAUAGGAUUUAGGAUUGGGUUGUACAGUGGUAGAUAUGCAGGCAUUUCGUUUGUGAAAACCUCCAAAUGACCCUAUAAAAAAUGACGAGAUAAAUGUUGUAUAACUUCAGUUUUAUAACAGAUAAAGUGUGAAUUUAUUUAUACCGUUGAGGUGCCAUGAGGUUGUAGUGCUACAUGAUUAUCUACUUUCCUUUUCCUUGCUCCUUGAUUUUGCCCAUACCGUUGAGGUGCCAUGAUUUUGCUUUCUCUAAGCCACCAACAGGUCUACUUGCUCCUUGAAUAGUCUUCUCCUUCAACUUCACCCCUUUUGGCUUAGGAAGCCCCUCAUUUUGUUUUGAACUUGUAGAUGAGUUCAUGUUUGGGUCUGCAAAUAUAUAAGUAAAUCAAAUUCAAGUUUCAUAACAUUAUAAAACUACACACCCAUAUCAACGGGUCUACUUGAUCCUCCAACAGUCUUCUUUUUAAACUUGACACCUUUUGGACUGGCAAACUCCACAUUUUGUUCUGAACUUGUAGAUGAGUUAAUGUUUGGGUCUGCAACUAUACAAUGAAACAUAGGUUAGUUUGAUAAGAUCAUAAAGCUAUACUUACAGACUUUGUGAGCCAAGGGAGUUACCUAUAUCUGGAUGUCUGUUUGAUCCUCGAGCUGUCUUCUCCUUGACCUUCAUUCCUUUUGGCUUGGCGGGCCUCACAUUUAGUUCUGAACUUGUAGUAGCGACAUUGUAUGGGUCUGCAACUAUAAAAAUAAAUAUAUGUUUAAACCUGACGAGAGUAUAAAACUUAUAUGUAGAUACCUUCUGAACAAAGGAAGUUACCUAUAUCUGGAUCAGAUCUAUGUUUUAGACAUUUCUCCACAUCUUGUGCUAACUUCUCAGCAUAAUUAGCAACCAUGAAAUAUGAUUCGUCAGCCUCUGCGGCUCGAGCAGCUAUUUGGAUAAACAUUCUACACAAUUCCUUAUAGCGUUUCGUCAGUAUUGCUUUGCGGCCUUCAUGCAUGCUGCAGUUGCUUGUUAUAUCCAAAACUUUUGCAUCAAUUGUCCAUCUUUUCAUGAUAUACUGUUGAGGGAUGUGCUUGAUAUUAUUAAUAUCAAGUACCUUCAAGGAAUGAGAGCAAAGAAUUCCAGCAAAUUCAAACUUCUUGCAACUGCAAUUGACCCUUUCUUCUUUCGGAAAAAAUCUAACAACAUGAUCAUGCUCUGUACCAUGAAAUUUUACUUUGUAAACCUUCUCAUUGUCACUGUCAUCACAAAGGUAUGUGUCAUAGUUCAAGGUCCGAAGCACUUGUUCCUGAAACAUCUUGAAUAUUGGUGGAGUAUAUGUAGUUGAUGCUUGCCUUAAUAUAUAGCUUUCUGCCUUCAGCUUAGGACUACUUUGUGUUGCUUUGAAAUCACAUCUCACCUCUUCAAAUCUUUUAUCUGCAACUAGACGUUCAAAAUGCUCAAAAAAAGUAAGCAUGUCAUACUUAGAACUAAUGUAACGUUUUAGUUCGUUGUUCAUGCUUUCACUCCUUUGGGUACUGCUCAUGUGUGCGGAGAAAGUAUUCCUGCCAUACACUAGUGCCCAGUGCUCCCUUUUCUCAAAUAACCUUUGGAGCCAUGCAUUGUCCCGGAGUUCAUACUUGUCAAGCAUUUCAUUCCAUGCACUUAUAAAUUCAUCUUCGUCCUCAAUAUCAUAGAUACAAUGCUGAAAAUCGGCAUUGAACUUCUUGUAAUCUGUAACAACUCCACCAAGAUGUUUGCAAGCAUUUUGAUUCAUAUGCCACACACAAAGUCUAUGGUCAGAGUGAGGUAGGACUGAACGGAUCGCUUUAGCCAUUGCUGCAUCUUCGUCAGUCAGAAUUGUAUGUGGAUGUUUUCCGGACAUUACUGUUAGAAAAGUUCUAAAAAGCCAAGCAAAACUUUCCGCUGUUUCAUCAUAGAGUAGUGCAGCACCAAACACAAUUGUUUUCUUGUGAUUAUUCACACCAACAAUUAAGCCAAACGGACGCCCAUCGUCUAGUUUCCUGUAUGUGGUGUCAAAGCAUAUGACAUCACCAAAUAAUGCAUAGUCUGACACCAUUUUGGAGUCUGUCCAAAAUAUAUUAGUUAUCAAAUCAUCCUCAUCAACUUGAAUUGAAUAAAAAAAACUUGACAUCUUCUGAAACCUUCUUUACCAUAUAUUCUAACACUCCUCCCGUGUCACCCACCUUUGCUUUUAGUGUUCUCUUUGAGUACAAACGGUUUUUCAUGUCCGUGCUUAUAAAGCCAAGGUUUUCAGGUCCACAUGCUUCUUUCGUCAUUAGAUCAAUAGUUGCUUUAUUUGAAAUGCCCACUGACUUGGCGACCUCGGCAUUGGCUAGUUGAGCUUCAGUUACUUUUCUGUGUGAUCUUAAGUAUUGCGACAUGUUUCCAGUAGCAAGGCUAUGGUUAUGGGCUUCUUUAAAUUCGUAUACAUUAUAAAUCCCGUUUGUAAGACUUAUCUUCAUACGUGCAUCACAACCACAUCGUGUCUUGGGCCUACUAUAACUGAAUUCCUCCUCUCUUUUAUCUUCAGCAUGGACUCCUAUUAGUUAAAAUUAUUUUAUUAGUCCCAUCUAAAAAUCUAUAUGACUAGAACAAGUUACCACUAGUCCAUACCUUGACGAGAACAUGUGAAUGUCCGUUGUUGUAUUGUACUGGAAUUUUUUACUUUAUGAUGAUUGCCUCUUUGGAUGCUAAAACCCAAGGAAUAAGCAUACUUGUUAUAGAAGGAAUAUGCUUCUUCUUCAGAUAAAAACUACAUGCCAAUCUUUGGCACCCUUUUUUCAAUCUGCUCUGUUGCAUUGCUAGCUGUAGUUUCUUCAAACCCCUGUUUAAAUUAGUACUCACUUUAGCAAUUGGUUCAAAUACAAGGGAAAGGAGAAGAAACAUAUAUGUGUUGUAAAUCAGCAAUAACCUCGCUAUGACUAUUUAUUUCGAUGUCACAGUGGAACGGAAAGGAGUGGAAUCUAUGUUGUUUUCCCAUUGCGAACAAGGUGGUUAAUAAUUUCAAUCUUCUGAGUACGCAUUAUCAACUAAUCAGAGGAUUGGGAGAAAACAGUUGGGUCAGAGAAAAAGGAAGAACGCAAUGGAAACAAGAUGGCUUACAUUUGGGGGAUCUGAUUCCUCAUUGGUUCCGGCAAGAAUUGGUGAAGAAGCCAUCAAGCUCCUCCAGCAAGUCCCUUUGUUGGAUCUGUGUUCGUAGAUAGAUUUGAUGAAGAAGCGUAUAGUUUGGUUUGUUUCGUACUCUUGUACGGGAAAAGUUCACCGCCAAUGCUUUUGGCGGGCAAGCCAUAUAUAUUUCCCUCCAAAUCUCUGUUCUGUUACGUUAA